CUCUGUUGUCCCCUUCUCCUGCCUUCAGUCUUUCCCAGUGUCAGGGUCUUUUCAAAUGAGUCAGUUCCUCAUCAGUUGGCUAAGAUGUGUAGAAUUGUCUGCUUUUCUUUUUCUGUCAGUUUUAUUUUGUAUACUCUGAGCCUCUGUUGUUAGACAUGUGCAAUGAGUAAUUAUGUCUUCCUGAUGAUGUUAUUUUUAUUAUGAAGUGUUUCUUUUUAUAUCUGGUAAUACUCUAUGUCUUGAAGUCUAUUUUAUCUGAUAGUAAAAUAGCUACUCCAUCCUUAUUAUGUUUGCUGAUGGCAUAGUAUGAUUGUUUUAUACCUUUACUUCCAAUCCACAUAUGUCGUUUAUGUUUAAAGUGUGCCUCUUGUGGACAGCCUAUAUUAAAAUACUUUUUUUAUUUACUCUCUCAAUGUCUGACUUUCACCUGGAGUAAUUAGGCCAUAAAUGUUUAAAUUAAUUAUUGACAUGAUUGGAUUUAAGUUUGCCAUUUAAUUAUUCAUUCUCUCUACCUUGUUUUUUUAUUCCUAUAUACCUUCUUUUGGAUUACUUAAAUGUUUAGUGUUCCAUUUUAUUUUAUUUAAUUUUUACUGUCCCUCCCCCCUGCCUUUUUUUUUGGUGGGGGAGAGAUUUGGUAAUGGUUGCUUUCAGAAUUACAAUAUACAUACCUAUCGUUUCAUCAUCUACUUAAAGUUAAUAUCCAGCCACUUUGCUUAAAUGUAGAAGCCUUAACCAUAUAAAUUGCUUUAACUGCCUAUUGCUGACUAUUAAAUUAUAGCUGUUGUAUAUGUUAUAUGUACAUUUACCUUACUAGAUAAUGUUAAAAUUUUGCUUUAAACAGUUUUUAAUAUUUGUCAACCUAUUUACCAUUUCUCUUACUCUUUCUUCAUUAUUAAAAAUCCAGAUUUCCCUCUAGUGUCAUUUUUUCCUUCAGUUGAAAUUAUUUCCCUUUGCAUUUUUCACAGAGCAGUUCUUCUGGUGACAAAUUUUCUUAGUUUUUGUUCAUCUUAAGGGUAUUUUUUCACUGAAUGUGGAAUUUCAGGUUGAUAAAUCUUUUCUCUCAGGAUCUUAAAGAUGAUGUUGUGCUGUCUUCUGUCCUUGGUUUCUGUUGAGAAAAUCAUCAUUUGAAUCAUUGUUCUCUGUAUGUAAUAUGUCAUUUUUUUUCUAGCUGCUUUCUGGAUUUUUUAAAUCUUCAGUUUUAAACAGUUUCAUUAAGAUAUAUCUAGGUGUAAGAUAUAUCUAGGUGUGUUUUUCUUUGAAUUUAUCCUAUUGAGUGUUUAAUUUACAGCUCCGUGAAUCUGUGAAUUUUAAGUCUUUCAUUAAACUUGGGGGAUUUUUCCACCGUUACCUUUUUAAAAAUAUUUUUUCUUAGUCUCUGCCUCUCUUUCCUCUUCUGUGAUUACAACUAUAUCUAGGUUAGAUCUUUUGAUAUUGAUCCACAGAUUGUUGAGGCUCUGUGGACUGUUCUUCAGUCUUUUUCCCUCUUUGUUCUUCAGAUUGGUUAAUUUCUCCUGAUCUGUCUUAAGUUCAUAGAUUCUUUCCUCUGUCAUCUCCCUUUUGUUACUAGUCCAUCCAGUGAGUUUUUUAUUUUAUUUGUUAUUUUUCAGUUCUUAAAUUUCAUUUGGUUCUUUAUGAUUUUUAUUUUUUUGCUGAUGAUUCCUGCAUUUUCCUUUAUUUCAAGUGUGUUUUCCUUUCAUGAAGUGUAGUUAUAAUAGCUGCUUUAAAGACUUUGAUAGUUCCAUCAUCUGCAUCAUCAUGGAAUUGACAUCUGUUUAUUUGUCCUUUAAGAAUUGCUUGCAUUUUACUGGUUCUUUGUAUACUGCAUAAUUUUGGAUUUUUAUUCUCAAGAUUGUGAAUGUUAUUUGUGUAGAUUGUGGGUCUUUUUAGAAUCUUCUGGGGAUCGUUGCUGCUUUUAUUUCUGUUUAGGUUCAGACCAUAAAUUCUGUUCUGCUUUCUGAAGGUAUUGGUUCAGUCUUAGUUCCUUUCUUUGAGUCUUAUUUAUGAUGGUUUAGAGCUUAGGGGUUAGUUUUAGACGUUUUCAGGUUUUUCAAAUCCUGUUUUCAGUUUUCCAAUCUUCUAAUACAUUGGUUUGGAUCUGUUUCAUACUGAUAACUUAGGGGUUAGUCUGAGACUUGUGUGCUUUGUUCAAAUCUUAUUACAUUUUUCAAAGCCUUUGCUAAGCUGGUUUGACUAUGUUCCAUACAUGCAUAACUCAGGUUAAGCAGUGAUUUGUGUGGAUUUGUACACAGAAUUAGGAGAUUACCUUCUUUGCCUGCCUCUGCUCUGUGAUUCACUCAUGUUCUCUAGUAUAUAGACACCCCUUUUCAUGGAUUCUAAGGCCAAAAAGUUUCUACUGGAAUUUAAGGUGUCCUUGCUGGUCUGCAGGUGGAGCCCAUCAUGUUGCAAAGCCACUUGUGAGAGGGGGAAAGAAACUAGAAAGCAUACCCUGUGUAACUCAGUUCUACCAGUUUUAACUCUUCUGCACAAUCCACCUGCUUUUGUUUACUUUUUGAGGUCCAGAGUUUUUCGUUGUAAUCAGCAGGAAGAAUGGGCUAUAGUGGGCGUAUGCCACUAUGCAAAAGCGGGACAUUUCUGUAUUAAAGCUGUAAUAUUGAACCUCAUGUACAGAGAGCUGAGAAUCAUUUUUCCCUUUUUGUAGCAUACUGACAUUGUAAGCCUCUGUUAUUUUUCUGUUUUUCCAAUCCCCAUGUCUGUCCCCUUCCUCCCAGAGACAGCCAUACUAACAAGUUUGGUAUUUGUCCUUAAAUAGUUGAGUCCUUGUAAAAUAGCUAGUGUUAUUUGUGUAUUUGUUAAUUUACUGAGUUGACAUUGUACUAUAGAUCUGUUCUGUUUCUUGUUUUUAUUCCACAAUAUGCUUUUUAGUUAUGUUCAUAGAUGUGUAGAGAUGGUUUAUUGCUUCUAACAACUACAUAGUAUUCUGUAGUAAGCAUGUAUCACAUUUUACUUUUUUCCCCCUAAGAAUGGUCACCAGUGUUACUUCUAACUCCCUGCUACCACAAACCUCUAUGUGUAAUUCUUACCAACUCUGCCUCUAAAGUAUUGUCUUGAGUUUUUUGUUUUGUCAUCUCUACUGCGAAACUUUAGUUCAAGCUUAAGCUUUUGUCAUCUCUUACCCAUACUGUUGCAACAAACUGCUAACUCUUCUCUUUUCAUUCACUCAUCCUCUGUGGGUCAUUUUUUGUACAGCAUCCAGAGUGGCCUUUCUAAAUCACACAUCUAAGUAGCAGGACCCAAUGCUCCAUAAAGGAUAAUAGUUUCCAGUACACUAUCCCUCACGAUGACUCCUUAAGCGGCUCAUCAUCUGCUUCUUCAUGUGAGCCAGUGAGUGAUUUUCCAGCGUCUUUCCGAAAAUCUACCUACUGGAUGAAAAUGAGAAGGAUCAAGUCAGCUGCUGCUUCCCAUGUAGAAGGGUCAGGUGGAGUAUCAACCAAAGGAAAAAGGAAACCAAGGCAGGAAGAAGAUGAAGACUAUCGAGAAUUUCCUCAGAAGAAGCAUAAGCUUUAUGGGAGGAAGCAGCGGCCUAAAGCUCAGCCUAAUCCCAAAGCCCAGACUCGCCGUAUUCGGAAGGAACCACCAGCUUAUGCAGCAGGCAGUUUAGAGGAGCAGUGGUACUUAGAAAUUGUGGAUAAAGGCAGUGUCUCCUGUCCUACCUGCCAGGCAGUGGGGAGAAAGACCAUAGAGGGCUUAAAGAAACACAUGGAAAACUGCAAACAGGAAAUGUUUACUUGUCAUCAUUGUGGGAAACAGCUUCGUUCAUUAGCAGGGAUGAAGUAUCACGUCAUGGCAAAUCAUAAUAGCUUGCCCAUUUUAAAGGCUGGAGAUGAAAUAGAUGAACCAAGUGAGAGGGAACGUCUCCGAACAGUUCUGAAGAGACUGGGAAAGCUGAGAUGCAUGCGUGAGAGUUGCUCUAGUAGCUUCACCAGCAUUAUGGGAUAUCUGUACCAUGUGAGAAAAUGUGGCAAAGGGGCUGCUGAGCUGGAGAAGAUGACCCUGAAAUGUCACCACUGUGGAAAGCCGUAUAGAUCGAAGGCUGGACUUGCGUAUCACCUGAGGUCAGAGCAUGGUCCUAUAUCCUUCUUUCCAGAGUCAGGACAGCCAGAGUGCUUGAAGGACAUGAGCUUGGAGUCGAAGAGUGGAGGCCGAGUUCAAAGACGUUCUGCCAAGAUAGCUGUAUACCACCUGCAGGAACUGGCCUCUGCUGAACUGGCUAAGGAAUGGCCUAAGAGAAAGGUGCUUCAGGAUCUGGUACCCGAUGAUCGGAAGUUAAAAUAUACUCGUCCUGGGCUCCCGACCUUCAGCCAAGAAGUACUACACAAAUGGAAGUCAGAUAUCAAGAAGUAUCAUCGCAUCCAGUGUCCUAACCAGGUUGUGAGGCUGUCUACAGUAGUGUAUCUGGUCUUAAAGCUCACCUGGGCUCUUGUACAUUGGGAACGUUUGUGGCUGGAAAAUACAAGUGUCUUCUCUGUCAGAAAGAAUUUGUGUCAGAGAGUGGUGUCAAGUAUCACAUCAACUCUGUCCAUGCUGAGCAAUGUCUAUACUCCUGUUUUCUGGUAUUCCAACAUCUUUGAGCAACCUGUUUUGAAUAUUGUUGAAAUACUGCAUAGAAACAAUGUAAAAGAUGUUAUUGAGAGAAAUGAGGACUGGUUUGUUGUCAAUCCGACAACAACCAAAAGCUUUGAGAAGCUGAUGAAGAUAAAGCAGCGACAGCAAGAAGAAGAGAAGCGGAGGCAGCAGCAUAGGAGCCGACGGUCUCUAAGGCGGCGGCAGCAGCCUGGCAUUGAGCUUCCUGAGACAGAGCCAAGUCUUAGAGUAGGGAAGGAUCAGAGGAGGAAUCAUGAGGAACUGCUAGUGGCGACAUCCCGUAAAGAAUCAGAGCAGGAGCCAGUGCCAUCACAGUUUCAGAAAGUCAAGUCCCCAAAGACAAAUCAUAAACGAGGAAAGAAAUAGGCAGGCAGUGUGAAAGCACUCAUGGGAGAGUGGAUGGGAGGCUGUGGUCACAGGGACCUGUGUGGAGAGGCCUGAGUCACAGGGGCUGAGUGAAGAGAAAUUUACUCUUUCAGCUGUUUGUGUAAUGCUGUGACACUCUCAGCUCCUUCCUCCUGUGUAAAUUUCACUGUUUUCCCUACUGAUUCUUGUGAACCCUCCACCACCCCCACCCCAUCUCCUUUUUGGUAGAUUUUCCUGCUCUUCUCAUUGGAGUCCCCCUGUUCUUCUCUCAUCGUGCCCAAAGAGCUCCCCCUUAAGGUCCACUGUAGGCCCUCUUGCCCUGUACAAGACUAAGAAACCUGUUUGAUUAUUCUUUCCAUACUGGGGUAUAGAAUGUUCUUGGAAGCGCCAUUGAUUUCGUAGUUACUCCAUCAUCUAUCUUAUAAAAUGAUUCCAAACUAACUUUUUAAAACCAUACUGAUUGAUGAUUUUGUAUUUGUGAUAUAACAAGCCUAGAAUCUAGAACUGUUGUCACUCCUUUAAUAAGGGUCCCCUGUCUGCUUGGGUGACAGAAUAUAUGGAGGCUGUUUGUUGUCUCAUUAUGGUUUUAGGAUUGAAAGUGAGAAAAUACUUAGAAUAAUAAAACUAGACCCUCUGGAUGCAGGUUUUCCUGGGAAAUACUUUGUCCCAGGUGGCAGUAAGUAACCAGAUGCACAGGCAUGAUAUGCAACCUUAGGAGGAAUAUGUCUCACAUAAAAUGACUGGAAAGAAGAAGGCAGCAGAAAUAAAUACCACCUCAAAUCAACUUUCCUGCAGUUUAUUUUGUUCCUGCAGUUUUGAGGAUUGAGAAGUAAUACCCUUUUGCCUCUGAUAUUUGACACAGAACCCUAAUAUUGCUGGUACUGCCAUGAAGAUUGGUAGCCAGGGUGCACAUUCCUUCUCCCCUGGACUUGACCUGAUGGUUAGUCUGCACUGUUAAGUCCUCGUAUCUCCCUUUAGCCAAAGUCUGUCUCUGAAUUUUCUGAGAAUGUUGUUCUCUACCCUUUUUUAGAUGUUGUGUUCUGUCCUCUUUAUAACCUGAGACUUUGACACCAGGUGUAGAUACUUAUCUGGAGUUGGAAAGAAAAGUUCUUUUUCUGAUACUCAUGCCUAGCCGAUAGUAUCUGUUAGGCUGUUUCUCCUUGAGGCUGGCUUUCCCUGGAGCAUUGAUUAGAGCAGCUCUGUUAUUGUAUUUCUGAAUUCUCUUCCCCUUUUCCAUAAAUAUUGGUCUUCUAUAUUCUUGCCAGUUUUUGUGGCUUAUGCCACAUAAAAAGCCAGAGACCCUUAACCCUGAUGUGGACCAAUACUGCCUUUUCAAAAUCCAAAGGCUGUUACCACUAUUAACUGUUCUCUGUGCUCCUCCAUAUAGCCUUAAAAUGUGGGCUUUUGUGAAGACCACUUUGACACAUAGGAGCAUUGAAACCUGGUUGGGAUACUGCCAGAACAGGUAGUUUUGAAACGAAGGACAUUGUCUAUUCACUCGACAUUGUCAUUGGCAGUUGCUCUCUUAAAGCCCUUUCCAUUCAUGAGGAUUGUCAGGGAGGAAAAUGGAGAAGCUCUGUUAAUUUCUGGUGAGUAAGAUUUGGGGAAUGUUUGGCAAUGGCAAGAAAAAUAAAUGACUGUGUUAGAAUGA